AUGCGUUCAACAUAUCUUUUUAAAGUGUUGGUGGUUUUAUUGAUUUUUAAAAUAAAUGGCAUUUAUUGCUUGGGACAAAUGUACACAUCAGAUGCCAAUAAUCAGUAUUAUAUUGAUUUUGAAGAGAAGUUCAAUUGGAUGGAAAGUCAGGCAGAGUGUUUAAAAAUUAACAUGACUUUAGUGGAGAUUGAAACAAGUACAAAAUCUUUGGAACUAAGUGGCCUGAUCCAGAAUAUACGCCAAGCAAAUAAUUUAAAAAAUGCUACUCUUUGGAUUGGUGGUAUUAUGAGCCGAUUUCCGGAAAAACAUUUUGUUUGGCUUUCAACGGGCAACAAAUUUACUUACACCAACUGGUUCGGCGGUAAUCCCAACUUCUUUGGCAAAAAUGAAUUUUGUGUUCAAAUGAUAAUGGAAGAGAAUAUGAGAUGGAACGAUAAUAGAUGUUUAAAUAAAUUUGGUUUGGUGUGUGAACUCAAUAAGAUCCAACAAUUGGAGGAAAAACAAAAGCAGUGGCAGCAAGAAAUACAAAGUGUUAAAGAAACUUUGCAACAAGAAAGUCAAACUCAUGAGCAAAUGCAACAAAAUCUAGAGAAUGAAGUUGAACAGAAAGCACUACAACUACAGCAUGAAAUGGAGAAACGUGAAAAACUUGAAGAGAAAUUGCAAGCAGAAAUUCUGAAGAGUGUAGAGUUGCAAAAAGCCUUACAAAAUAAACUAGACAUGCAGCAACAAUUGCAGGAUAAGUUACAGCAGAGUCGGGAAAACAAGCUUAGAAAGCAAGAAAAAUAUGAACAAAAUGUACAAAGAGAAUUACAGGAACAAGAAAAUCUUCAGCAAGAACUACAAAUACAAGGAGAACUAAAUGAGCAAUUAAAGGAGCAACUGCAGGAACUGACAGGCAGCCUUUCAAAAAUACCGCAAAUAUAUGCAGAGAACAUAGAAAAAGAAAUAGAAGCACAGAAACGAUUAAAGAAUGAAACAAAAACUCCAUUACAGCUGCAACAACAAUUUCAGGAACAAUUAAAACAAUUAUCUUUAAGGAAUUAG